UAAAUGUACUCUGUACUUCGUCUGUGACAAUAUAUCUCCACAGUGGUUCAGUUGUAUGAGAACGAAAUUGUAAAUUAAUACACAUACAACUAUUUUCGAGUAUUUACAUUCGAUUAUUAAUUUAAUACUUGAUAAGCAUGGCUUCAUUGACAAGUAACGAAAAUAGCCGAUCGCAUGUAUUAAUAUCGGUUCUUGUUAGUGCUUGUGCAAUUCCAAUUUCUAUGCUGUUUUGGUUUUUAAACGUAAUUUAUUCGAUUUUUUAUUCAGAUUAUGACAAUCACUUUGAAGAGCACCUCGUUGUGUCACCAUGGAGAUGGCUAAUUUCAGUACUAUUACCAAUUUUUAUGGCAUUUUGGAGUUUGAGAAGAAAAAGUGUGGAUCUGAGUGGUGCUAUUCUCGGAUUAUUUGUGGGCUUUAUCCUGACCCUAACUAGUUUUGUUCAUGUGGCUUGCCUUUUUGCAUUUCUUGUUACAUCUACUAAGGCAACCAAGUUCCGUUCUGAACAAAAAAGAAAAAUUGAAUCAGACUUUAAAGAAGGUGGACAAAGAAAUUGGAUUCAAGUGCUAUGUAAUGGUGGUAUGGCAACACAAUUAGCACUUUUGUAUUUAUUGGAUGUAGGAAGCUCAGAACAACCAAUUGAUUUUGACAAAUACUAUAGAAGUUCCUGGUUGUCUGUAGGAAUUUUAGGAGCCUUUGCCUGCUGUAAUGGAGAUACUUGGGCUUCAGAAAUUGGAACAGUUUGUGGUAAUAGUGAUCCUUUUCUAAUUACUACAUUGAAAAGAGUUCCAAGAGGCACAAACGGUGGUGUUUCCUGGGUAGUCGUGUUACAAUUAGCAGCACCACAGUGGCCAAUUAUCAUUAUUGGAGGAAUCGCAGGCCUUCUUGGUAGCGUAAUAGACUCCGUUUUAGGAGCCACGUUGCAAUAUUCCGGGAUAAAUGAAAAAGGGAAAAUAAUAGAACAUCCUGGCAGAGGUGUGAAACACAUAUGCGGUAGACAAAUUUUAGACAAUCAUAGCGUAAAUCUCUUAUCCAGCGUUAUUAUUGCUUUAACCUUACCAGAAAUAGCAAAAUUAAUAUGGUCUUAA